AAAGGACCCACACAGGGGAGAAAUCAUUUAGCUGUACAGAGUGGGGAAAAAGUUUUACACAAAUGAAUGAUCUGAAAACUCAUAAAAAGAAUCACACAGGAGAAAAACUUUUCAUAUGUACAGAGUGUGGAAAAAGUUUUAUAGGAACAGUAGUCUGAGAAAACAUGAAAGGAUUCACAGAGAAAAGCCUUUCACAUGUACAGAGUGUGGAAAAAGUUUUACAGGAAAGAGUGAUCUGAAUAAACAUGAAAGGAUUCACACAGGAGAAAAGCCUUUCACAUGUACAGAGUGUGGAAAAAGUUUUAUAGGAAAGAGUGAUCUGAAUAAACAUGAAAGGAUUCACACAGGAGAAAAGCCUUUCACAUGUACAGAGUGUGGAAAAAGUUAUAUAGGAAACAGUAGUCUGAGAAAACAUGAAAGGAUUCACAGAGAAAAGCCUUUCACAUGGUACAGAGUGUGGAAAAAGUUUUACACAUAUGGAUUUUCUGAAAACUCAUGAAUGGAUUCACACAGGAGAAAAGCCUUUCACAUGUACAGAGUGUGAACAAAGUUUUACACGAAUGGAUCAUCUGAAAAAUUCAUGAAAGGAUUCACACAGGAGUAAAGCCUUUCACAUGUACAGAGUGUGGAAAAAGUUUUACACAUAUGGAUUGUCUGAAAACUCAUGAAUGGAUUCACACAGGAGUAAAGCCUUUCACAUGUACAGAGUGUGGAAAAAGUUUUACAACGAAUGUAUAGUCUGAAAACUCAUGAAAGGAUUCACACAGGAGAAAAGCCUUACACAUGUACAGAGUGUGGAAUAAGUUUUACAGGAAAGAAUAGUCUGAGAAAACAUGAAAGGAGACACACAGGGGAAAAGCCUUACACAUGUACAGAGUGUGGAAAAAGUUUUACACAGCUGGGUAGUCUGAAAACUCAUGAAAGGAUUCACACAGGGAAAAGCCUUACACAUGACAGAGUGUGGAAAACGUUUUACAGAAAUGAUUCAUCUGAAAAAGCAUGAAAGGAUUCACAAGGGAAGAAACCUUUCACAUGUUUAGAAAGUGGAAAAACGUUUUUUUAUUGAAAUCCAGGAUCACAAAACACCAAAUAUUUACACACAAAUAAACUUUACAAACUCUCUAAAUAGAAGCAUCAAAAAGGAUAAUAUUGUAAAUAAUACUUUCUAAAUCCCAGUUAUAAAACCCCCAGAUUGGAA